UUUCCCGGUUAUUGGCUACCAUUCCAGCACCUUGUUGGUCUCCCGUCCCUGCUCUUCCAUCUCGUCCGCAGUCGUCCUGUCUCCACGCCUCCGCCGAUUGGUGAUUUCCUUCUUCUGAGAGCUCGUGCGCUCCAAUUUGAGCUCGAGAUAUGAUUCCUUUCUAGUUUUUAUUGUGCUCGAAUCCUGCAGUGAUGGCUUCGAUCCUUGCUAUCUUGAUACUUGUGGCGUCGCCGUUCGUAGAGGCUGCGGUUGGGGAAUCCGUUAGAGAUGUUUUGAGAAACUGCAGCUUCGAUCGCGUUGCGUAUCUAAGAUUGCAGGAUUCGUAUAGGUUUUUUCGAAACGGGGAGCGGAUUGAUGAUCGGGUUUUGAUGUGCGAGAUGUUGGCCUUUUUUUUUGCUAGUGGUUGUUGGGAGUUUGAUUCUCGGGCAGAGGAAUGGCAUGAUAUUGGUAGAAAGUACUGCUAUGGGAAGUUUGCUACUGGCUUGGACAGUGAUGCUGUUUCUGGGGAAGGAUUUCGUAUGGCAGGGAGAAAACUUCUAGUGCUGCCUCAGGCAGAUUCCUCUCACUUGGAUCAACUAAGCAGAAAGCAACUGUCAAAAGAAGAAGUCAAAGAAGUUAGGUUAAAAAUACCACCCAAAGGCAUGGUUCUGGCUGUACCAGGAAUGUUUCUUUUAUGUUGUGUUGUAAUCUGUCCCUGCUUUCGUGCAAGGAGGAAAGAACCAAUAGAUCAAAAAGCUUUUUCCAAAGAAAUAAUUUCAUCGGAUUCAGUUUCUUCUUUAGAUGUAUCCACUUCAUCUGACAAAAAUUUGACUACUCCACAUAAAGUACCACAAAGUCCUUCUCGUUUUUCAUUAUCUCCACAGCAAAAUAGAAUUGGAUCAUUGCAACUUACUAUUAGUCAGAUCAUCAAGGCCACUCAAAACUUUUCACCUUCAAUGAAGCUGGGUGAAGGUGGAUUUGGAACUGUAUACAAGGGUAUUCUUGGUGAUGGUCAGGUUGUGGCUGUAAAACGAGCAAAGAAG